AUGACAAGUAUUCUCAACAGAGCAGCUUUUGCUGUAUACAGCAGAAAGGCUGCAUUCAGUGGCAUUUCUAGAUCCAUUUCUACUAUUCAAAAGCCAAAUUAUGCAUUUGCAUUUGACAUUGAUGGUGUUUUGAUCAAGGGAAAGCGUCGUAUUCCCGAAGCUACUCGCGCUUUGAAAUUGCUGAAUGGCAAUAAUGCUAGCAACAGAAACAUUCCGUUUGUUCUAUUGACAAACGGCGGUGGUGUCACUGAAGAAGAAAAAGCACGUCAGAUCAGUGAGUUGGUUGGUGUCAAGAUCGACCCCAAGCAAGUUGUUUUGUCUCAUUCUCCAAUGCAAAACUUGGCAACCAAGUACAGCGACAAGCGGGUGUUGAUCAUUGGUGGCAAGGGACGCAACUGUUAUGAUGUCGCCAAAAAAUAUGGUUUCAAAGAGGCAAUAACACCACAUGACAUUAUGCACUGGAACAGCUCGUCUUGGCCUCACUCUACACCUACAUCGGAUCUAUCCAUGCUGACCAGCACUGCCGCUCUUGAGUUCUCCAAUCUCCCUAUCCAUGCUGUGAUGGUAUUUCAUGAUACCUAUGACUGGGGAAGAGAUCUUCAAAUCAUGCUUGACGCACUGUGCUCCCAAGACGGUAUAAUUGGCACUAGAAAAUCAGACUAUGCAAUCCAAGAUGUGCCUCUUUACUGGUCCAAUAACGAUCUGAUUUGGAGCACUGAUUUUCCAGCACCUAGAUUAGGCCAAGGCGCCUUCAAAAUUGCACUGGAUAGCUUAUACAAAACCUUGACUGGCCAUGAUCUCAAAUCUACAUCUUUUGGUAAGCCUCACGGAGCAACAUACCAAUUUGCAGAGCAAGUACUCGCAUCAUUGGAGCCUGCGUCACAGCAACCCAAUCACAGUAGAAGAGUAUACGCUGUGGGAGAUAAUCCUGCUGCUGAUAUUCGAGGCGCUAAUGGCUAUGGCUGGACCAGCGUGCUUGUUCGUACGGGUGUGUUUACCGGUAAAGGUAAUUCCAGUGAUUUCCCUGCUGAUAUUGUCUGUGAAAAUGUCGAGGAAGCUGUAGAAACCAUCAUUGCUCGAGAAGAGAAGUAUCAAUAA